AUGGCCGGCGACGCUUCUUCAGCGCCGUCACCGCCACCGCCGACGACGGCACCGACGGCCACGUGGGGCGCGCAGCACUUUGACAAGCCGCCAACGAGCGAGGAGCUGCGGCCGUCUUCACAAACACAAGCAGAGUCGGCACAGUCGGCACCACAACCGUCACCGGCACCGGCACCACCAGUCAAGCAGACGGCCUCCGUGUCCGACGCCGUCAAGACCAUCAAGGCCAGCGACUUCCUGACCGUCUACCAGAUCCCGUGCGCGCGCGAGGGCUUCCUGACGGGCAUUGGCGGCGGCGCCGUGGUGGGGGGGCUGCGGUUCGUGCUGGGCGCGAGCAUCCCCAAGGCGGCCAACUGGGCGGUGGGGGCGUUUGCGGUGGGGGGGAUUGUGGCGUUUGAGGUGUGCCAGGGGGCGCGGCGGGCAGAGGCGGCCAAGAUGAAGCGGGUGGUGGAAGUGUACGACCGGAAGCAGGCGGAGCUGCGGCGGCGGGAGGCGGACAAGGCACGGGCAGCGGCGGCGGCCGCACGGGCGGAGACAUUACGGUUGGAGGAAGAGGCCAAGGCGAAGCGAUGGUAUAAGUUUUGGUAG